AUGACGCGGGAGGCUUUACUUCCGUUUGAAUGUAGACAGGCAAAGAUUUCAUAUGCAGGAAAGAUGACUAUAGAUGUUUGCUUUCAAUAUAAUGAUGGGCCUAUUAUUAGAGAAAAUAUCAAUUUUGGCCAGUUUCCCAUAAUGCUACAGUUAUCUAAGUCCAUAGUUGUGUUGAAUAUUUAUCUCUCAUCUGAACUGGUGCAGUCAAAGUUAUGCAACUUGAGAGGUGCUGAUCCCCAAAAACUUGUGUCUUUCAAGGAAGAAGCAUCAGAAAUGGGUGGUUACUUCAUCUUGAAUGGCCUUGAGAGAGUUAUCAGACUGUUAAUUUUGCCAAAACGGAAUUAUCCAAUGAGUAUGGUGCGGAAUUCAUUUAGUGACCGGCGGGAAGGAUAUACAGAUAAAGCAGUUGUAAUAAGGUGUGUAAGAGCUGAUCAGUCCUCAUUAUCAAUAAGAUUGUAUUACCUUCGUAAUGGGAGCGCAAGACUUGGUUUCUGGUUAAGAGGAAGGGAGUACUUACUUCCUGUGGGCAUUGUUUUAAAGGCCCUCAUCGACACAACUGAUCGUGAAAUUUAUGUAAAUUUGACAAGCUGCUAUAAUGAGAAAUAUGAAAAGGGAAAGGGUGCUGUCGGAACCCAGCUUGUUGGUGAAAGGGCAAAAAUAAUCUUAGAUGAACUUCGAGAUUUAGCUCUAUUUACCCGUCUUCAAUGUCUAGAAUAUAUUGGGGAUUAUUCAAAAAACAUUUCAUCUUCUGAAGUUCUCAAAGCCUUUAGGCUGGUGUUCAAAUUAGUUGUAGGUGACACUAGGAGUCAGAGGUACUUAGAGGAAGGAAACUUGCCUCUUGUAGGCUUGUUCAUAGUUGCUCACUACUACUAUGAGGUGGCUGAAGCUGUUUUGAAGGAUUGCAUAUUAGUUCAUCUGGAUAACAAUUUCGACAAAUUCAAUCUUCUCAUCUUCAUGUUACAGAAACUUUUCUCGCUUAUAGAUCAGACAUCAGUUCCAGACAACCCUGAUUCCUUGCAAAAUCAUGAGGUUUUACUCCCUGGCCACCUGAUAACACUUUAUCUCAAGGAAAAACUAGAAGAUUGGCUGCAAAAAGGGACAAGGCUUCUUAUGGAUGAGAUUGAAAAGAAAAGCACGAAAUUUAAUUUCAGUGACAUUGUUCAAGUUAAGAAAGUCAUGGAUAAAAAUUCAUCAAAGCAAGUCAGUACAGCAGUUGAAAAUAUGCUGAAAACUGGAAGAUUGGUUACACAAUCAGGUCUAGAUCUGCAGCAGAGGGCAGGUUAUACAGUGCAGGCUGAAAGGCUAAACUUUUUACGAUUUAUAUCACAUUUCCGUGCUGUUCAUCGAGGGGCCUCAUUUGCUGGUCUUCGUACAACAACUGUUCGAAAGCUAUUACCUGAGUUAGUUGGGAUGACACCAUCAUUGCCAAAGAUAUUUCUUCCUGGUCCACCAGAAGCUCUUACUGUUCUCUUAGAUGGUUGUGUUGUUGGUUGUAUAGCUUCUAGUGAAGUGGAGAAGGUUGUGGCUCACAUACGAGAAUUGAAAGUCUCAUCUGCUGCUGUGAUUCCUGGUGACAUGGAAGUGGGAUAUGUUCCCUUGAGCAUGGGGGGAGCCUAUCCUGGUCUAUACCUGUUCACAUCCCCUUCAAGAUUUGUUCGGCCAGUAAAAAAUAUAUCAAUUCCUUCCAAUGGAAGUGAAAACAUUGAACUCAUUGGGCCAUUUGAGCAGGUUUUUAUGGAAAUUAGAUGUCCCGAUGGUGGUGAUGGUGGAAGAAAAAGCUCAUUUCCUGCAACUCAUGAAGAAAUCCAUCCGACAGGAAUGCUUAGUAUGGCAAAGCAAACAAUGGCAUUCUCUUCACAAACUAUUCAACAUCGUGCAGAUCAAAAGUUGUAUCAUAUUCAGACUCCUCAGACUCCCAUUGUACGGACAAGUUCAUAUACUAAAUACAACAUUGAUGAAUUCCCAACAGGCACAAAUGCUAUAGUUGCAGUUCUGGCUUAUACAGGAUAUGAUAUGGAGGAUGCCAUGAUUCUAAAUAAGUCUUCAGUGGAACGUGGAAUGUUUCAUGGACAAAUAUAUCAGACAGAAACUAUUGACUUAACUGAGCAAAGAGGAAGGUCAGACCGAUCUUCGAGAAUAUUCAGAAAAAGUAAUGUAGAGAAAUCAGCUCAUCCUUCUAUUGAUUCAGAUGGACUUCCACAUGUUGGUCAGAUGAUACAACCGGAUGAACCCUAUUGUAGUAUUUAUAAUGAAGUGACAAAUUCCAUGCACACCUUCAAAAGAAAAGGUUCUGAAGCUGUUUAUGUUGAUUAUGUUGCUGUUGAUGUCAAAAACAAGAAGAACCUUCAGAAGGUUAACAUACGCUUUCGACAUCCUCGGAACCCUGUUAUUGGGGAUAAAUUUAGCAGUAGACAUGGACAGAAAGGCGUUUGCUCUCAGUUGUGGCCAGAUGUUGAUAUGCCAUUUUCUGGAACUACUGGGAUGCGCCCAGAUCUCAUUAUCAAUCCUCAUGCAUUUCCUUCCAGGAUGACAAUUGCAAUGCUUUUGGAAUCAGUUGCUGCUAAGGGAGGUUGCUUACGUGGAGAAUUUGUAGAUGCAACACCAUUUCGAAGUUCAGUGAAGAAAGAUAGUGAGGGGAAUGAUUCAAAAUCAGGUUCACUUGUUGAUGAUCUUGGUCUUCUGCUAAGAGAAAAGGGAUUUAAUUAUCACGGUUUGGAGGUUCUAUACAGUGGUGUUUAUGGAACAGAACUAACAUGUGAGAUAUUUAUUGGGCCUGUUUAUUAUCAGCGGCUGCGGCACAUGGUUUCAGACAAAUUUCAGGUUCGAUCUACUGGCACAGUUGAUCAGGUCACCCGGCAGCCAAUAAAAGGACGGAAGCGUGGUGGGGGAAUUCGAUUUGGUGAAAUGGAACGUGACUCUCUGCUUGCACACGGCGCUGCAUAUCUUCUGCAUGAUAGGUUGCACACCUGUUCUGAUUAUCACAUUGCUGAUGUAUGUUCUCUUUGUGGAAGCAUGCUUACAACAACAGUCGUCCAGCCUCAAAAGCGGCCAGUGCGUCAGAUUGGCGGUCUACCCCCUGGAAGAGCUGUGAAAAAGGUCGCUUGUCAUGCUUGCCAGACGAGUAAAGGCAUGGAGACAGUCGCCAUGCCCUAUGUAUUUAGAUAUUUGGCUGCAGAGUUAGCAGCAAUGAACAUAAAAAUGACUCUAAAGCUCAGUGACGGAGCUGAAGCUGGAGCCUGA